UCAUAAGGAAAGAAAGAAGAGAAAUAAAAGAGGCACUGGUAUUGAAAUUUGAAUGUGCAGUAGCAGUACUGGCGUGGUGUGUCCUGAUUGACUAGCCAUGCGUAUUCCGGUUUUGGAAUCGCAAUGGGAAAUGGACAUGGAAGGUUGUCGUUGUAGUAACUAAGAGGCAAAGGAAAGCGGACCCACCGGCGCCAAUAUUCCGCAAAAUGUCAGAAUUGGUGGCUCGCACCGGUCGCCAUCAGCAGCGCUACAACGAAGGUUGCCGCCUCGUCGCCGGGUGUGUUCCUUUCAAGGAUACCAAUGGUAUUGGAAGUAGUGAUGGAACGUCUAAGAAGGAUGUGGAGGUACUAAUGAUCAACUCAACUAGUGGACCUGGUCUUCUAUUUCCGAAGGGUGGCUGGGAGAACGAUGAGACAGUUGAGGAGGCGGCAAAACGUGAAGCUUUAGAAGAGGCUGGAGUUCGAGGGGAUUUAAUGCAUUUUCUCGGCUACUACAUCUUCAAGAGCAAAACCCUACAAGAUGAAUUUAGCCCGGAAGGUAUGUGCAAAGCUGCCAUGUACGCUUUGCUUGUGACAGAGGAGCUGCAGUCUUGGCCAGAACAGAGCACUCGCCAGAGACAUUGGCUAACAAUCCCUGAAGCAAAGAAGCGCUGCCAGUAUCAGUGGAUGCGAGAAACCCUUGAGGAAGGUUUCUCAAAGUGGCAUGCAGAUCGAAUAUCAAGCAAUUUGAAAAAAGAGAACCAUGUAGUUUCACCUGAUUCUGAAUCAGAAUUGAUGAAGAAGGCACCUGUCUGAAUUGAUAUUGGUGCAUUUCUUUUCCUUCAAAUUUAGGAACUCUCAUGUUACUGACUUCUUGGUGUAUAAAGGAUUUAGGCAGUCAUUUUAAAGAGACCCAAUAGUCGUUUAGGCAAUGGCAUACAGAGAAGCGUCAGUGGUUUUAAAUUUCACGCUUCCUACAUGGUGAUGCUCCAAAC